AUGGCUUCCGAUUCGCUCGAUGUCAAGAUGGCAGAAACGACUUCUGGAAGUUCUGAGACCAAAGGCGUCAGCGAAAAGGAUGGUGCCUUCAUCAGUGACCAAGAUGUAGAGCAGGGUGGAAAAUAUGAGUCCGAUGGCAUGGCGGAGGGCGUUACUAACGAGGUCGAAACGGCGAAGGAUCUCGUAACUAAGAUUAUCCACGUUAACGAUGACCCGAAUAUGACCGUGGUGACCUUUCGCGUGGUUUUCCUUGGCAUAGGGCUUUCCGUCUUCGGCUCUGUCCUCCAGGAAAUCUUCUAUUUCAAACCGCAGACCAUCUUCGUCUCGUUGAUUUUCUUGACCGUUUGGGCUUACAUCCUGGGUGAUUUAAUGGCGGUUUUUAUCCCGACGGAGAUCAACUGGAAGAUUGGCGGUCUCCAUAUUACCGAUGGCGGUAUCCUUCGAUACUUGAAUCCAGGUCCCUUCAACUCAAAGGAGCAUGCAGCGAUCACCAUUAUGUCAUCCGCAGCUUCGCAGUCUGCAUUGGCUACAGAGGCGCUCGCCGCUCAAUAUCUCUUCUACGGAGGUUAUCCGAGUAAAGCAGCUGGCAUAUUCAUUGUCCUGACAUCUCAGCUUAUUGGCUUCGGUGUUGCUGGACUCUUGCGCGAGGUCAUUGUGCACCCAACGAACAUGAUCUGGCCGAUGACGAUUCCCGUUUCCAGUUUGCUCGAAACAAUUCAUCAGGAUCGACGGGAAACCAAGCGAAAGAUGCGGGUUUGGUAUGCUGUUUUCCUUGCUAUUUUUGUCUGGGAGAUCUUUCCUGAAUACAUCUUCACCACCUUGAUUGGCGUCUCAAUAUUCUGUCUUGCGGACCAGCAUAAUCUCUUCUUCACCAAUUUCUUCGGCGGAGCAACAGGAAAUGAGGGCCUCGGCGUGCUGAACAUCUCAUUCGACUGGAACUAUAUCGCACCCUUUUUCAAUCCGCUCUGGUAUCCGCUCCAAAGUACUGUCAAUACAAUGAUUGGAAUCAUUGGCUGUUACGCACUUUUCAUAGGGCUAUAUUACGGCAACAUCUGGGAGGCCAAGAGUUUGCCCUUUCUCUCUCAGGACAUGUUCAAUCUCUCUGCCUCAACAUCGACUUCCUUCAGCGUCUACAACCAGUCUCUCAUAUUGAAUGACGACUUCGAGAUUGACCACAAAAAACUUGACGCUGAGGGUCUCCCCUAUCUGACGGCCACCUAUGUAGCCUACCUCAUUACUACCAACAUGGGCAUGACGGCUACGUUUGUAUACAUGCUCCUGUGGAACUGGGACGACCUAAAGGCUGCCUGGAGCUGGGCAUCCCCGGCCAAGCUUCGAAAGCUAUUUAGUGCGCAGGGACUCUAUUUCUGGCAGAACCAAGAGACUCCAGAGGAGAGGCUCCAGAGAAAGGAAAAUGACCCUGAACUAGACCCUCACUACAAGCUAAUGCUGAGAAAUAAGUACGUAGAAGUGCCUCUAUGGUGGUGGACUCUUGUCAUUGUCAUUUGCUGGGCUGUUGGCCUUGGUUGCCUUUACGCCCUAAAAUCCACUUUGCCCUGGUGGGGCUUUCUGCUAGCAACAGUAUUCACUUUUAUCUUUACGCUCUUCUUCGGUGCGCAAUAUGGAAUGACAGGAUUUGGCUUCAACUUGCAACCGAUCUUCCAAAUGCUUGCUGGCUACAUGUUCCCUGGUCGUCCACUGGCCAACUUUUACUUCACUUGCUUCACCUACAAUGCCACUAGUCAGGCUCAGCUUUUAGCCAAGGACUUGAGAUUAGCGCAGUAUUCGCAUUUGCCGCCACGCAUAACUUUCGUGCUCCAGAUCAUUGGCUGUUUGGUCGGAGCCCUGAUGAACUGGGUUAUGAUGGAAACCAUUGUCUCCGCACAAACACCCGCCUUGGAAUCUAUUCAGGGUACUAGUAUCUGGUCUGGACAGAACAUCCAAAUCUUCAAUACAAUGGCCAUCUCCUGGAGCAUAGCACCCAAAAUGUUUAGUAUCGGCGCGCGUUAUGAAUGGGUCACCAUCGUGUUCCUACUAGGAUUCAUUGUCCCGAUUCCGGCAUACAUUAUGUACAAGGUGACCGGCAACAAGAUCUGGGGUUAUCUCAACCCGUCAAUCAUUCUCUGGUUUAUGGGCAAUCUUUACGUCGGUAUUAACAGUGGUUUCACUACCUUUUUCAUCAUUGCGUUUGCCUUCCAGUGGUACAUCCGAAAGUACUACCCCCAGUUCUUCGUUAAAUGGAACUAUCUCAUUUCCGCGGCGUUGGACGGUGGCACGCAGAUUAUGGUCUUUAUUCUCACCUUCGCAGUCGCAGGAGGUAGUGGCACUGCUCAUCCAUUCCCUUACUGGGCAGGAAAUCCUGAUUUGUCGAAGCAUAAUACCGACUACUGCAUGGUUAAUCCAGGAAAUCAGUGA